AUGUUCUCUGCCAUGCUGAUGGACGCCUACCGCGACGAACGCCCCGGGAUUCGCAUCGCCUACAGGACGGACGGUCACCUCCUGAAUCAACGGCGGACGCACUUCCAAUCACGCGUAUCCACAACCACCGUUCACGAACUCCUCUUCGCCGACGACUGCGCCCUGAACACCACCUCAGAAGAGCAGAUGCAACGGAGCAUGGACCUAUUCUCCGCCGCCUGCGAGAACUUCGGUCUGGUCAUUAACACGCAGAAGACGGUGGUGAUGCACCAACCGCCACCCAACUCAGCCACAGCUCCCAACGCGCCGCCGCAAAUCAGCGUGAAUGGGAACCAACUGCAAGUGGUGGAGAAGUUCCCGUACCUGGGCAGUACUCUCUCCCGCAACACCAAGAUCGACGACGAAGUCGCCAACAGGAUCUCGAAAGCCAGUCAAGCCUUCGGUCGCCUCGAAAGCACAGUUUGGAAUCGCCACGGUCUUCAGCUGAGCACGAAGCUGAAGAUGUACAAGGCCGUCAUCCUGCCGACGCUACUGUAUGGAGCGGAGACUUGA